CCAAUUCCCUAUUUCAUCUCUUUCAUUCAAGAAUUCUCUCUUCCAUCUUUUCUGACGCCGUGACUAAACUAUUGGUGAAUCACUUUGAUGUUUUCGAUUUUAACCUCUUUUUUGUUCUUGAAUGGUCUUACAUAUUUGUUUUUUUGCUGGAACCAUCGGUUUUGUUGUAUAUGUGUUGAUAAUCGUACAGGUUGAAUGGUGUUCAAGGGCAUGCUCAUGUUUCAUAAAUGUUGUAUUGUUGUUCAUUCUUUUUUGAAUGUUGUAUAAUGUUAAAUGGACUGACGACUCAAUAUAUGGAAAAGAUGGUAUAAUUAUAAGCUGCAAUUGAAAUAUGUAUAACGUUUUUGAAUCUCUGUUGUUGUUUUAGCUUUACAUACAAAGCAAAUGGCACAACCAAUUGAGUAUGUUAGGGAUUUAUAUGAUUCCAAAUGUUUGUGGAAAAUAGCUGUGAAGUGUAAAGAAUUAUGGUAUGUCACAAAGUUUCUCUAACAAGGAGUAUUUGGAAAUGAUUUUGAUUGAUGCAAAUUGUGACGUGAUCCAAGUAAUUGUACCACCGCAUUUGGUUUCGAAACACAAGUCCGCUCUUUUUGUUGGAAAUACCUACAUCGUGCAGAAUUUCAAGAUAUUUUUGGAGGGGUUACUAAAAUCAAUCAUACCCAAAUUAAUGCUCAAAACAACAAAAACAAGAUAAUAUUCACUAUAAUUGAUAUGAGUAAGUCAUUUUCUAAUGUACUCUUUGGAAUGAGCUUGCACCCCAGCUCUACAAUUACUAUAACAGCCGGAAGAAUCAAGGGAGCUCAAGCCAUAUUCUAAUGUACACAUGUAGGUUUCCUAUUGAUUGUAUCUAACGCAUGGAAUGACACAAGGUUGACAAUCGAUGAUGUUAGAAUUGUUGAAAUUAAGCACUUGAAAGAAAGGUGAUUGUUUUUCAACUAAAAAAUUAAUUUUCUUAUAUGAUAUAUUAGUUAUUUGAUCUUGAUUGUCUGACUUUUAUGUUUUGUUUUAUUAAUCACAACAUGAAAGGGAAGAAUCCUUUGUUAUCUUCGUCCAACUUGCAAGUUAAAAUUUUCAUGAAAAUUGGCUUGAUGUCUUUUUCUAUUGCAUUAUAUACUAAAUAUAAAAGUAUCGUAAUUACAAACUAUAAUGAAAAAUAUUCUAUUGUCUAAUUUAUCUAACCUAUUUUAGGAAACUAGAUAAUUUACAAUAAAGGAUUAAAUCAAUUCCUUAUUAACAUCCCCCCUCAAAUUGAUGUGAAUGGUCAAUAAGCAUCAAUUUGCUAACAAGAAACUGAUGGCGUGGGCGCGGGACACCUUUGGUAAGAAUAUCUACAACUUGAAGUUGAGUAAUGACAUGAGGAAAUGUUAUAAGUCAUCAUCAUAGGCAUCACAAACUGAAUGACAAUCUACUUCGAUAUGUUUGGUGCAUUCGUGAAAGACAUGAUUUGCAACUAUUUGGAUGGCACUUGUAUUGUUGGCAUAAAUUGAUGUAGUCUAUGUUUGAGGAAAUCCAAGUUUAGCCAAAAGACCACGUAGCCAAAUAAUUUUCGAGCAAGCAGCAGACAUGGCGCGAUAAUCAUAUUCAAUAGAGAAUUUAUAGACUCUUGUUUGCUUCUUACUUUUCCAUGAGAUCAACGAAGAACCAAGAAACGUUCAACCACUGACAUAUCAACAAGUGUCCAGACACCUGCCUAAUCGGCAUCACUAUAAGCAUUAAAUUUAAAAGUUAUUUCAGUGGGGAAAAUUUGACCACAGUGAGAUGUUCCUAUCAAAAAGUGAAUUAUACGACGAACCGCUGUCAAGUGAAAAUGUCGAGGAGAAUGACAUGAGGAAAUGUUAUAACAUGAGGAAAUGUUAUAAGUCAUCAUCAUAGGCAUCACAAACUGAAUGACAAUCUACUUCGAUAUGUUUGGUGCAUUCGUGAAAGACAUGAUUUGCAACUAUUUGGAUGGCACUUGUAUUGUUGGCAUAAAUUGAUGUAGUCUAUGUUUGAGGAAAUCCAAGUUCAGCCAAAAGACCACGUAGCCAAAUAAUUUUCGAGCAAGCAGCAGACAUGGUGCGAUAAUCAUAUUCAAUAGAGAAUUUAUAGACUCUUGUUUGCUUCUUACUUUUCCAUGAGAUCAACGAAGAACCAAGAAACGUUCAACCACUGACAUAUCAACAAGUGUCCAGACACCUGCCUAAUCGGCAUCACUAUAAGCAUUAAAUUUAAAAGUUAUUUCAGUGGGGAAAAUUUGACCACAGUGAGAUGUUCCUAUCAAAAAGUGAAUUAUACGACGAACCGCUGUCAAGUGAAGAUGUCGAGGAGAAUGCAUGAACUGACUUACUUGCUGAACAACAAAUGAUAUGUCAGGAUGAGUAAUAGUCAAGUAAUUUAGGCUACCCAUAAGUUAUCGAAAUAAUAAGGGAGCAAGCAAAAGAUCUUCAUCAUCAUCACGAUGAUAUUUAACAUUAACCUUAAGAGGAGUAUCUACCAGAUAACCUGAUUGAAGACCAUCCAUAUAAAUCAAACAUGUAGCAUACUUGUGUUGAUGGAGAAAGAUGCUCUUAGAUGUAGAGUGAACCUCAAGACCAAGAAAAUAAUGCAGUUUACCAAGAUCUUUCAUAUGAAAUGAAUCUUGUAAUUUUUAUUUAAUUCUUUAAAUGGAAGCAUGAUCAUAACCAGUAAUAACCAUAACAUCAACAUAUAAAAGAAGUAAGACGAUUCAUGUAGAUGUGUUAUGAAUAAAUAGAGAGGAAUCAUAUUAAUUUUGAGUAAAGCAGAACCCAAUUAUAGUGGAUCGGAAUUUUUCUCAUGCCAUGCUCUUGGUGUUUGUUUCAAACCAUAUAAGGAGCGUUUAAGCUUGCAAACACCCUUGGAUGAAGAGAAUAGGCCUUGGGGAGAUGUCAUAUAAAUAUAUUCAGUAAGAUGACCAUGAAGAAAAGCAUUAUUCACAUACAUUUGAUGAAGAGACCAUUCAUUAGAAGCAAAUAUAGAUAUUACUGUUAGAACAAGAUUUGUUCUUAUCAAUUAUCUUAGUUUUGAUGAUAACAAUAAUAUGAAUUUUGCUUAAGAUAAUAUGGUACUCUAAUCCAAUGCAAUUUCCUUUUCAGGAAAUAUAUAAAGAGUACGCAUAAUUCAGCGCUCAGAAGUUGUGUCUCAAAUGGUUCAGCAUGCAACAUCAGAACAUGGUCUGGCAAGACAUCAGAAGAUGGUCGAAGCAGAAUCAGAACAUGGGUCUAUGGAAGCAUCAGAAGAACAUGAGAUCAGAAGCACUGAAGAUCAGAAGAUGGUAUCACGCAACAGAAGCACUUCAAGAUCAGAAGAUGCUAUGCACCAAGCUGUUUGACUCUGAUGAUAUUCAAACGUCGUAUUCACAAACAUCAGAUCAGAAGGAAGUACACGUGGCAGACUACGCUGACUGACAAAAGGAACGUUAAAAGCUACUAAAGGCUACGUCAGUAGACACAGCGUGAACAAGGCUCGAGGUAGUUGACAAAAGCGUAUAACAUUAAAUGCGAUGCUGUACGGAACACGCAAAGCAUUAAAUGCAUUCAACGGUCAUCUUCUCAACGCCUAUAAAUAUGAAGUUCUGAUGAGAAGCAAGGUUAACGAUUCUGCACCAAAACAUCUCAUAUCAAACUUGCUGAAACGCUGUUCAAUCAAAGCUCAGAAUCUUCAUCAACUCACUACAUUGCUGUUGUAAUAUUUUAGUGAGAUUAAGCUUAAACGAUUAAGAGAAAUAUCACAGUUGUGAUUAUCGCUUGUAAGAAGCAUUUGUAAACUCUUAGAACUGAUUACAUUAAGUUGUAAGGAACUAGAGUGAUCGUGUGAUCAGUAUACUCUAGGAAGUCUUAGCAGUUGGCUGAGCAGUUUGUAACUAGAGUGAUCAGGUUGAUCAGAAUACUCUAGAGGAAGUCUUAGGAGUGAACUAAGCCUAGAGUGAUCGUGUUGAUCAGUAGACUCUAGAAAAGUCUUAGAGGGUAUCUAAGCAGUUGUUCCUGGAGUGAUCAGUGUGUGAUCAGAAGACUCUGGAAGACUUAGUUGCGGACUAAGUGGAAAACCAUUGUAAUCCGUGCGAUUAGUGGAUUAAAUCCUCAGUUGAGGUAAAUCAUCUCUGCGGGGGUGGACUGGAGUAGCUUUGUUAACAGCGAACCAGGAUAAAAAUAAUUGUGCAAUUUAUUUUUAUCGUCCAAGAUUUAAAGUCACACUUAUUCAAUCCCCCCUUUCUAAGUGUUUUUCUAUCCUUCAAUUGGCAUCAGAGCGCCGGUUCUAAGGUGCAAGCACUUAACCGUGUUUAGAAAAGAUUCAGGAAGAGAAAAACGCUUCAUUUAAAAGAUGGUUGAUGAAAGUGAAAAGUCUACACCUACACCUGCAUCUACAUCUGGCUCUGCUGAGCAAUACAACGGUAACAAUGGUUAUACUAGACCGCCGGUAUUUGAUGGUGAAAACUUUGAAUACUGGAAAGAUAAACUGGAAAGUUACUUUCUGGGUCUAGAUGGUGAUCUAUGGGAUCUUCUAAUGGAUGGUUACAAACAUCCAGUAAAUGCCAGUGGCGUGAAGUUGUCAAGGCAAGAAAUGAAUGAUGAUCAGAAGAAGCUUUUCAGGAAUCAUCAUAAAUGUAGAACUGUUUUGCUGAAUGCUAUCUCUCAUGCUGAGUAUGAGAAGAUAUCUAACAGGGAAACGGCCUAUGACAUAUAUGAGUCCUUGAAAAUGACUCAUGAAGGAAAUGCUCAAGUCAAGGAGACUAAAGCUCUAGCCUUAAUCCAGAAGUAUGAAGCCUUCAAGAUGGAGGAUGAUGAAGACAUUGAAAAGAUGUUUUCGAGAUUUCAAACUCUGACUGCUGGAUUGAGAGUUCUUGACAAAGGAUACACCAAGGCUGAUCAUGUAAAGAAGAUCAUCAGAAGCUUACCCAGAAGAUGGGGUCCUAUGGUGACUGCAUUCAAGAUUGCAAAGAAUCUGAAUGAAGUUUCUCUGGAAGAGCUGAUCAGUGCCUUGAGAAGCCAUGAAAUUGAGCUGGAUGCAAAUGAGCCUCAAAAGAAAGGUAAGUCUAUUGCAUUAAAAUCCAAUAUCAAGAAAUGCACUAACGCUUUUCAGGCUAGAAAAGAAGAUCCUGAAGAAUCAGAAUCUGAAGAAGAAGAUGAACUGUCCCUGAUCUCCAGAAGGCUAAAUCAACUCUGGAAGACCAAGCAAAGGAAGUUCAGAGGCUUCAGAAGUUCAAGGAAAUUUGAACGUGGAGAAUCUUCUGAUGAAAGAAGAUUUGACAAGAAGAAGGUCAUGUGCUAUGAAUGCAAUGAGCCUGGACACUACAAGAAUGAAUGUCCAAAUCUUCAGAAGGAAAGUCCCAAGAAAAAAUUUCAUAAGAAGAAAGGUCUUAUGGCAACCUGGGAUGAGUCAGAAGAUGAUUCAGAAGAUGAGCAGGCCAACUGUGCGCUGAUGGCGACAGAAGAUGACGGAUCAGAAUCUACAUCAGAAUCAGAUUCUGAAGAGGUAUUUUCUGAACUUACUAGAGAUGAGUUAGUUUCCGGUCUAACUGAACUUCUGGAACUCAAGUCUCAGAUUAGUCUCAAAUACAAAAAGCUGAAAAAGCAAUUUGAAUUUGAAACAAAGAAGCUUGAGUUGGAAAAUUCUGAAUUAAGAGAAAAACUUUUAAAAUUAUCCAAUAAUGUUGGAUCUCCUUCUGAUUCAGAAAAAUCCACUCCUAGUCUAAACCAUAUUCUGAAAGAAUAUGAUUUAAGUUUCAGGAAGUUCUUAUCUAGAAGUAUUGGCAGAAGUCAGCUAGCUUCUAUGAUAUAUGCCGUGUCUGGAAACAAAAGAGUUGGCAUUGGUUAUGAGGGUGAAACCCCAUACAAACUUGAACCUGUUGAUGAAAUGAAACUCACAUACAAGCCAUUGUAUGAUCAGUUCAAGUAUGGCCACUCACAUGAUAUUAGGCACACUUCACAUGCUCAAAGUUUUCACAUUACACACACUAAGAAGCAUGUGACACAACCUAGGAAAUAUCAUGAAACUCACAUUAAGAAUUAUCAUGCUGUUCCUCCUAUUGCUUACAAUGUUAAAUCCAAGUUCAAUCAGAACUUGAGAAAAUCUAACAAGAAAGGACCCAAAAAGAUGUGGGUACCUAAGGAUAAGAUUAUUCCUAUUGCAGAUAUCCUUGACUGCAAAAAGGACAAGGCACAACAUGUCAUGGUACCUGGACUCUGGAUGCUCGCGACACAUGACAGGAAGAAGGUCUAUGUUCCAAGACCUGGUGCUUAAGUCUGGAGGAGAAGUCAAGUUCGGAGGAGAUCAGAAGGGCAAGAUAAUUGGCUCUGGAACUAUAAAGUCUGGUAACUCUCCUUCCAUCUCUAAUGUACUUCUUGUAGAAGGAUUAAC